UUGGUAUCCCUUGGUGUCAAAUGUUUCUCAAAAAACAUUGCCAUAUAUAUUGCCAUGAUCAAAAGAGGCACCUCCAAACGAGCUGAUCAACCCUGCCGCCAUGUGCUUGCGACUAUUGACCUGCCAUGGAUGUGGACGCUGAAGAGACUCCUGCGACACCGUCGCCCCUCUUUUCCUGGGUGGGAGCUUUGGAGUCUCAGUCCGGCCAAGGCCGUGAAGUCCAUGAGGCCUUCUCAUCCUAUGUCGAUUCCCUCGCUGAGAAUCUCUCCAAGCCCGUCACUCCGGCAGACACCGUGCGACGCCCGGACAGUCGUUUACCCCGGUUUCGGUAUGCGUUUCAAGGACCUCGGGCAGCUCGAGCACUGCUCGGCUCGCCACCGGCAGAUCGCGCUUUGGCGUAUGCCAAGGUGGCUGACAGGGUCAUUGGAGACCUGGAUCGGCUGGGCCUGGCAGUGCGUGCCCGCCGAGCCCGACGGCAGCUGCCAGCGGAGGGCUCCUCGCCGCGGCCUGUUGAGGAUCGAACGCCUCGCAGAGUUCGGCCGAUCGAGGCAGGUGGUGCUGAGCAGUGCUAUCACCAGAGACUCCAGAAGACUGCCAGGGAGUAUCUGGAGCGCUUUGGUGAGGAGGGCGAAUUGGACCUUGCUGGGGCACGGGAACUCUUCAAGAAGACUGCAGGAUUGGAGUCUAGAAGCUGCUAUACUGCUGCAGGCCUUGAACGAGAUGCUUUCAAGCAAUUGGGCCAGUUGACAGAGCGAGAGCUGGUUUCCUUGAUUGAUGCCGGUGGAGGAGCUUUGGGGUUCUGCCAAGCAGAAGGCCGUUUGAAUGUGAAUCGACCCUCAGCGGACGCCAGUGCAGUGACCCUCCGCUGUGAAGAAAAGCCCCUGGUGACCCAAGCAGAUUGGAACGCCAGCUUCGGGCAGCCGCCCGCCUGGAGCGCGGCCACCGGCCGGACCGGUGGACGGAGGAGCCAUCGGCAACAACUUCGGGAGGAGCUGAGGGCGGAAGGAUUGCCUCCAUCCAUCACGGCUCUUCAUGAUAAUGUGGCCUUGGCACGGGUUGGAAAAGCUGUGCUGGAUGGGGAUGCCAAUGAACUGCUCCUCUUGGGGAGAAAGAACUCCUUGUGGCGUGGAGCCAACCCCAGCAUCCUGGCUCCUGAAUUGCAACAAGUGCUUGGGACUCAAUCUUGUCGAUUUCCUCUCCUUUUUGUGGCCGCCUUCCGUGGGGACAUCACCAUUUGGAAUUGGCUCACGUCCUGGCUACGCGCAGACGAUGACUUGCCUGCUCACUUGCUGGAAGAUGUAGAGGGCUGGUACUUGCCCAUCAUCCUUUGUAUGGCUCCGCCGCGUCCAAACCAGAGCAAGGACAGCCAAAGCCUCUUACAGAGCUUUUUUCAGUUGGGGGGCGGUCAACUUGAGCGUUUGCCCAUCUCUAUAUGUUUGCUUCUCCCCUGGAACGAGCAUUGGGAAGGUGAUGCCUCAGCCCAGCCAUUGCACCUGCUGUUGGAGCGUGACACGUGGCCGUGCCUGGUCGAGCAGCUGGUGGCUCACGGCGGCUUUCCGCACAGCGAGGAGCCCGGGCGAAUGGCGCUGGUGGGGCGCAUUCUGGCAGAACACGGGAAGAUGAAAGAGUUUCUGGACGCCUGUGCAAAGGCUGGCGAAGAUCUCCGGCCUCAGAGCCAAGCCAUGGCAGGGAUGUAUUUGGGCAUCUUAAAGAACACGGUGUCCGAGCUUAGAUGUCUUCAAGCUUUACAGGCGUUGUUGGAACAUGGCCUUUUGCCAUAUGCACCACUCACACCUUCGUUGGGGCAGUGGCCCUUGCAUGCGGCUGCGCGACACAAUUGUGUACCAGUGGUGAAGGUGCUGCUUGUGGCCAAGGCGGAUCCGUUUUCUCGCAACGUUCAUGGGCAUACAGCUUUGGAUGUAGCGAAGGCGAGUAGGUCAUGGGCAGUGGCAGCGCUCAUACGCCGUGCCCCGCAGAAGUAUGCGGAGGACAUGGCCCAGGCGUUUCUGCGGCAUUUGGAAGCUCAGGCGCGGGAGAAGGAUGUGCUGGCGGUGGCUAAGGCUCUAGCUGACAUGGUUCAGCAGGCAGAGGCCGAGAACAUUUAACAUGCAGAUCGUGCCAAGUGUUCUUUGCCUGCGAAGGGAGGCUCUUUUGUUGAACAAGGCAAUGAAUUUGACAUUUGGCACAGCCGGCAAAGCCGACUACACACACAUGUCGCUGCCAAAGAUGGUUCCUAAGGAACCCCGCGGCAACCGUUUAAUGCUUCUUGCACUCAGACAUAGUUGCACAUGUGAAUCUCCUGGCUGCUGGGUUGCAGGGCUCACCGGCUGCUUUCUUUCGCCACGAUCGUGUAGUUUGGCCAGUCCUUUCAACUACAGCGUUCCACGCUACGCCAG